ACUUUUUGAGACUGGGCACUUUGUCAAUAGCCUGCGCAGCUUCCUAUACCAACCAAUCCCAGUUGAUGUACAUCCCGGGGUAGCGGCCGAGACACCGUUCAUGGAUCGUUCCAACAACGGUGAACCACUUGCUAAUUCACCAUUGAUUGGCAUAUAAAAGCAAGGCGGCCACUUCAACAAAGAGACUCAGUUAAUAUCAACUAUUCAGCAGUCCCCUCGUUUGUCUCGCUUUUUCCGUCCAAGUCCCACCUUUAAUUGUCACCUGUGGCUCACCUGAGAAAUCCGAGUCACUAAACUUACCUUAUUCGGCUAAUCUGUUUCUCCCUCCCUGUCCCAUAAAAAAAUCCAAAUACCUACACAAUGGUUCGCCUGUCGACCAUAUUAACCAUGGCGGCCACAGCGUCCGGCCUCGCCUCAGCACAGGUCGACCAGGUCGUCGAGGGCCAUACGUUCGUUACCUCUGGGCCCGCGAUCGCUGCGCACUGGCACGAGUACUGGUACAACACAUCGUCGACGGCCCUGCACACGCUCAAGACCCUGCUCGGACCCCAGGCGCUCAAGGAUCUGCUGAAGCCCGAGAUAGAAAAGGGCGACGUUUUCUGGCGCGACAUCGUCGCCCGCUCAUCCGGUAAAGAGUGGAAGGCGGCCAGCGGACGGACGUUGGCGUUCCUGCCCAACGUGACUGCCCAGACCUUUGCCAUGUGGUUCGCAAGCCCGCUGGCCGACCUGGCCAACAACGACGCCAAUGCCGAACACUACUACAAGGCGACGGUGGCCGACCCUGCCACGGGUGCGCUGUCGUCCGAGAUCAUCGAGGGCUGGGGCGGCGUCGUCACGCACUUUACGAUCCCCAACUUCAAGCCGGUGAACCAGCACAACUACGACAUGCUCGAAAAGCUGCCCAACUUUCCCAUCCAGUUCGCCGGGGACAAGGUGCUGCUUGACGGCACCAUCUUUGGCAUCCUGCACAUCGCAGUGCGCGACAUCACUGGCACAGACUUCCCCGAGCACGCCGACAAAGGUUCCGGGAUCGAGAUCUACGCCGCGGUCUGGUACGGUGAUGCCUCGGAGGAGGAGCACCUCGAGCAGGAGAGGCAGCACAUGAUCAUUGAGGAGAUCAACCUGUCGCGCCAGGCCCAGAAGGACAUUGUCGCGGGUCGGCUGCCGAUUCCCAGCCGGUCUUGAGGAGGUGUUGUUGGAGGAUGCAUGGCACUUUGUAGACUAGGAAGUCUACUCCCGUACAUAAUGAAACGAGACUAUGAUCAUCUGGUGGCACUUUUUUUGGGUUUGGGCUUUUGCGAAGAAUUAGAAAAGACAGGGAGCGCAUAUCCAUCGUCAGGAAAAAUAGGCUAUGAUUUCUCGUCGCAUGCUUGUUGCGACAAGUAUAUAUCCCAAAAGAAUUAAUAAUAGUUAUUUCAAGAAAAUAAGAUCAAGUCGCAGCCCAACUUGCUCAUUGAGACUUGAUAUGAUAUUUUCACCCACAGCAGAAAACAGGAAACAGAAAAAUCGGAGAGAAACAGACAGAUUGGGCAGCCGG